AUCCAAAUAAAAUCAAUAAUGGUACUACUUUGGUUAAUUCUGGACAUAGGAUAACUAUCACGAAUGGUGGGCAACCGACUUUUACUAAUGGUAGUCCUGUUGCACCGUCACAACAAGCAACACAUCUUAAUGUACAAUCUACACGUCCCCAUAUGAGCAUAAAUAAUCCUAGAGGACUUUCUAAUGAACAAUUUGUUGACCAAAAUAAUAUGCAGAUGGCAAUGCAACGUACAAUAUAUGCCAUGCGCGCACAACAGCCAGAACUGACGCAACCUCAGUCACAAGAUCAAACUCAGAAUCAAACACAAAAUCAGAUACAAAUUAGUUCUAACGUUUCUACAAACAAUCAGGCACAAACCAAUAAUAGUUCAGCGAUGCGACAGUCAAUUUCUGUACCUCGUGGAACGCUCGUCAGAGCUAGUAACAUAGUAACACCGUCAACAGCUGCUAAUCAAACUUCAAUUCAAACUAUAAUUGUACCUAGCGUCGGUUCGAACGGCCAGCCAAAUUCUUCCUCUCAACAAAUUCAGAAUAACGGGACAAACAACAUAGUACCAACCAAUGGAUCAUCGAACCUCAGACAGGGUAAUGUACAGGCAAAUAGCGGUACCAGUCUACUGAGACACAUGAAUGCUCAAAAUUUUGUACACCAAAGUGGUGUUGUUGGUAACAAUAAUAUGGUACGUGCCGCUGGGUUUCCUUUAGCAAGAUUUGACCGAGAUAGUUUACAAGCCUUUGGAAUUUUACCCGACUCCGUUCAGCAGGUUAAUAGUGCAUCAAAUCCAAACAUUAGACAAACUAAUAUGAUGUCACCAAAUGGGCAAAAUAAUGUAAACAGUAUGCGACAAAGCUUUCUUAUGUCUAAUGGUGCAGUUUCUGUGGCUAGCAACAUGGCACAAAUUAACCAACGUCCUGUAGUUAUUUCUAAUGGGACGGUCUCUGCGGCUUUCGUUCCAAAUUUAAAUGUCCGUCAAAUGCAGACGAAUGUUCAACCUAGUAUUAAUCUUCGACCAAUGACGCCAAAUGGCAUUCGACAAGUCCAUCCGAACGGAGCAUCAAGCCAAGGUUUGCGUCAGAAUAUUGUAGUGCCUACUAAUGGGUUUAUGAAUGCAAACCCGGUUCAGCUGUCAUCGAAUGUAUCGAUUAGUAAUUUGCGGCAACCUAACAUACCUAGUCAGGCGUCACCAACUAGAGAUUCAACGAAUGGAAU